GGCCGUUUUGCGCUGUACGCAGACAUGAACCCUGCUUAUUUUUCUUGGCCUUCAGAUAAGUUCCCCUUUCGCCCAACACAAGUUGCAUUUUGAGAGCAUCUUGCCUUCUUCCCAAGUUGAAGCAGGGGCUGGACAAUUUCGCUUUACAAGCCUUCGACUUCGAGUCGUCUACUGAGACCUCACACUCAUUCCUACCUUAACUGCAGUGCUACUACGGCGAUCCUCUCGUUUCACUUUUCUCUGCACCACAAGUAAAUUUCAUCCCAUCGACCACCAUCAAGCGUACCAAGCCCUUUCAAUCCACCUCUCACGUCCCCGAUCCUACCUUACUGGAUCUGUUGUCUAUUAGAAGAAGAAUUUCGAGUACUAUCCAGUCUGCUGGCCGUGUGCACACCGUCAUCGACCUGUUUAGCGGCUCCCAUUUGCGAUAUUUCAUCUCUCGGCGGGGUUAUCUAAUCUUGGCCGGUAUUUAAUAAUUGCUUCAGGAAGUGGGGGAGAUUGUUUAGAGAGGCCUUGUCCAUGCCUCCACGAUGAUUCUCCACUCUCAGUGCAUACCUAAUCAAGCUUGCCGGCGGAGCAAGGUAAAAAACACCUGGAUUGUUCUUGCUGCAGCAACUGCCGCGCUAAUUUCUUCGCCAUCUCUAGUCGCCUCAACCGAAAAAUUAAGGACUACCUCCUCAAGUCUAGCCCCCACAUCAAGAUCCCCAACAAUUCUCGCAAGCUUAGAUACCACCUCAUACACGCCGCCCUCUAAGACAAGAUCUGCCUAUCAUUAUCAGUAUCCUAUAUCCCAGCAGCAGCAACAAUUCCCCAUCAUUCCCAACUAUCCUCUCUCCGCCAGUAACUCCAUCAAGUCGACACAUGAUCCAUGGCGGCCGUUCGAUGACUCUACCCUCCAAGCUCAUCCUGUUCAUCUUCAGGCUCAGAAGACGCAUCUGGAGGCGCAGCCCAGGCAUCUUGCCAAAAGGCAGCAAGUAGCCUCCGACAACGCGAAAGCAACUCCGUCCUUUCCGGAACCUUUCGACACUAGCCUAGGCACCGAGUUUGACUCCGAAACCUGUGAACCAUUCAUAUCUCAAUUCCUCAAGAAUACGGCUUUCCAGCAAUGUCAUCCGUUUUCUUUACUCUUAACUACCAGUGAGGGGUUCUACCAAGCUGGCCGUGCCUUGAACACGGUCUCGGUGGCGGCGAACCAGAGUGACUCGGUUAACGCAACUAUCUUGCCCAUCAACCAAGUAAUUGAUGCGUCCUGCAAAGCAGACCCUGAUCAAUGCCAAGUACUGUUUGAUCAACUCUCCUCUAACAUCAAAUCGCCGCGCUUUGGAUGUGGUAAAGACUUGGAGAAAAACAACUCACUAGCGCUGCAAGCACUUACUGGUCUUAGCAGCUAUAGACUGAUGCGUGAGGUUGCUUGCCUUACGACUAGGGAGACUCCGAAAGCUGGGAAAACUCUAGCGGCAAACCCGAACAAAAAUCUGACAACUACCGCCCUCGCCGGUCAACGCACUUCUCCCGGUCUGAUGGCGGCGAACUCGACUGGCGGGUCGACUGAACCUUCAACAAGAUAUUGCUUUGUGAAUGCCAUGUCGAGUCAAAAUCCAGAUGAUCUUUACUACUAUUAUCUGCCUUUGGGAACAAGUUUGCCGAGUGGGACACAGCCAAGCUGUAACGAAUGCACCAAAUCGUUAAUGAAAUUAUAUGCUCUUUCUGUAUCCACCAAUGACUUGACACUCCAUGAAAGCUACCCAUCCGCACGAGCGAUGACUAAUUCCAAAUGUGGACCUGGAUUCGCGCCGAUGCCCUCGAAAGAUGCUAACAGACUUGCAUCGGCUGCAAUUCAACGUUUUGCAUGCAUCGCAUGGAACGUCCAAGCUUGCUUGUCGAUUGUCCUGGUAGCUAUUUACACGCUUGUUUGAAUAUGGUGUCUAGGGCUGUCACUCAAAUGUAACACUUGCUUACCGCAUGGAAUGUCCAAACUUAGUUGUUGAUGGUCCUUACAACUGUUUAUAUGCUUGUUUGAAUUUUUAUGUCUGAGGCCUCACUCAAAUGUAAUACUUGCUUUUGACUUUUCAACAGUUAUGCAUAAUUGAUAAUUUAUGAG